UAAAAAGUCAAUUAGUAUACUCAAAAGUAGUCAAUCUACUACAUGUAGCUUGCUUUACUUUCUAGUUUAUUUAAGUAAGAAACAAAAAUUGAUUCAAAUAUAUCACAAGAAUUCUUCAAAUCUUUCAUGUUCGUUUCUAUUUCUAGAAAAUUUCAUCUUCAAUAUCAUCUCGAAUAAAAAGUGUUUCUAAAAAUAGAAAUACGGAAUAGAUUCAAAGUAACGUCGACAAACAACCAUAUCACUUUUUCAGCAAUGCCAUCAGAUAUGAUACAACUUGACCAAAGAAUUCACCCAACUUCCAUUGUUAUAGACAAAGAAACAAAACCCACAAUUCCUUUAGUCCCAAGAACAAGAACCGAUCAAUCAACGCCUUUUGAGCGACCAUUACCGCCUUUUUUGUCGCUUGCUAGACCGCCCAAGAACCGAAACUGCUGUUGUAGGGUAAUAUGCUGCAUAAUUUCCCUUCUGCUAAUCUUCAUUCUAAUCAUUGGGAUCCUUGGCCUGGUUUUCUACUUGGUUUUCCACCCUAAAGUCCCUAACUACUCGGUUGAUCGCCUAAGAAUAACCGAUUUCAGGCUCAACUUGGACCUUAGCCUGUAUGCUCGAUUCAACAUCAGAGUAACAGCGAAAAACCCAAAUGAGAAAAUCGGGAUUUACUACGAAAAGAGAGGGAAAAUGAGUGUUUGGUAUAAGAACACUCGACUAUGUCAAGGGUAUUUUCCGGAUUUUUACCAGGGUCCCCUUAAUACGACAGCAAUCGAUGUGUCGUUAUCAGGACAAAAUCAGUAUGGGAAUACAUUGAUGCAAGCCUUGCAGCAGCAGCAACAGACAGGGAACAUUCCCUUGGAUUUAAAGGUAGAUCAACCAGUUUCGAUUCGAGUUCAAAGUCUGAAGCUGGGAAAAGUCAGGUUUUUGGUUACCUGCAAAUUAACAGUGGAUAGCCUCAGUUCUAAUAAUCUCAUCAGUAUCAAAGCUAGUAAAUGCAAAAUUAGGGUGAAACUCUGAAUCAUAUGGUGUUAAUGUUUGAGCUACUUUUG